UUCGUUGUUCCCGCUGUAGUCGCGCUCGGGGCCAUGACUCUCACCAAGGGCCCGCUGGAGCUAAGGGCCGGGUUUAGCCUCCUCGUGUCCCCGGCCUGGCUCUGGAUGACGGUCCGCUGGCUGGAGGACGGCGUGGCCUGCCUCAACGCCUGCGUGGAGCUGUCGACGCUCCUGAUCCAAACUGCGCGACGUGCGCCGGGGGCGGGAAGCGAGGGUCAAGGCCACUGCGGAAGAGCACAGCCUCCCAUCCCCAGAGACCCUCGAGGCCGACGACCCCGCCCGCUACAAAACCCGCCUCUUCUGGAGGUACUUCAGCCCCAAGCGGAGGAGGAACUUGGAGUGGGGAGAGGGUUUCAAACAAGGAGGCGGUCGCAUCGGAUAUCAAACAGAAAAAACGGCGGAGAGCCAAAAAACGCGGCGGGACCAAAAAAGACAUGCAGCAACCAGCUCUGA